AUGGUGCAAACUGUUUCGUUACUGGUGGCGGCCUGCGCUGUUGCCCACGUGUCUGCGUGGGGCAUGCACCGCGUGCGCACGAUCCAAGCCCGCGUGCAGGGCGGCAAGCCCGUGUACGACGACGUGCACAAGCAGUGGGUCGCUCCCUUCGGCAACACGUUCGAGGAGAAGUGGCGCGCGUCCAUGGACAGCGUCAACACGGCGAGUGUGGAAGGCGCGUUGAUGUACGUCCAGUCGGAAGGCAUCAUCGACGGCCCCCAAAAGCCGUACUGCGACCGCAAGAACAAGAUUCAGUACGUGUGGAUCUACGACAUUGAGAUCGCCCAGACCAACGCGUCGUUGGCCGAGUAUGACGCCAACUGGGGAGUGUACCCCGAGUACUGUCCGUUUGUGGCGCUUGACGGCGGCAAGUGUACGGCCAUGUGGGAGAACUCGACGUAUGCGAUCUUGCCAGACAUUUGCAACAAGUUUGCUGGAUUGGCUGGCCAAAACAACAUUGGCCCGUGCGUCGGAGGUGAAGACCGCACCAACCACCCCAAGGCGCCGUACCCCAACAACAUUUGGUUCUCGUUCCCCAACUCGUGUUUCACCAAGGGCUUCUCCGGCAAGACGGACGCCUGUCGCGCGGCCGAGAAGGGUGGCCUGUGCCCGUUCGGCAUUCGCCCCGACGGUGUCACAUGCACGUUUUCGGCCACCGUGUUGGGCUACCUCAACCUCGACGACCUCGUGGGCAUCACCGCUUUGAAUAACACCAACACUGGCCACCCCUAUGUCACCCGCACGGAAUUCUGCCAGGCCGGAGGUGUCGAGACGGACCUUCCGUUCUGGCAGGACACGCUCAACCCCGCGGCCAACAACGCCCGAUCGGACAAACUCAUCGAGUUCUACCAAUCCCUGGCCAAGACGGAUCCCCAAAUGACACCACUGCCCGAGCUGACCGCGCUCACGGCCGCCAACCCCAAGUGCUAUGAAAACUCGCACCGAUGCACCAACGGUUGCCGCCGAAAGCUGUACGCCCAAGUGUGUGAAGUGUGCUCGUCCGGCGACGAUUGCUUCAAGAAGCCCGACUCGGUGCCUGGCGUGCCUGACUUGGUCAAGUCCGUGCCUGCUACGGUGGCUCCAGACACGACCGUCGCGCCUGCGACUACCACCGCCGCCCCCGUCGAAUCGACCAAGGUGGCUCCAACCACGACGUCGUUCAAGACGACUGCCGUGGUGCCGGUGGUGACCGUGGUAGUUGGCAGCUCGGCCUCGGAGAUUGUGGUCUCGGGUGUGCUGGCCAUCGCAUCGGUGGUGGUGGCGUUGUCGAGUUAAUCGUAGUAUUAUAUAUUAUCUCAAACCACACUCCCCGAUAACCAAAUACAAGUACGUUUCGUCUCUUC